UGUUUGAUUGUACUAAUUAUGCUAACUUAUAGACAGGAAUAAAUAAUGGGCAAAGAAAACCAAACCUAUCUGACUGAAUUCAUCUUGCUGGGCUUUUCUUCUGAUCACCGAACCCAGAUCCUGCUGUUUGUGAUUUUUCUCAUCAUCUACUUGUUGACUGUGUUUGGCAAUCUGCUCAUCAUACUCCUAAUUCACAUUGACUCUCGACUUCACACACCAAUGUACUUCUUCCUUAAAAAUCUGUCAUUUACUGAUCUCUGUUUCUCUACAACCAUUGUUCCCCAGAUGCUAUCCCAUUUGCUCAACAUGAGAAAGACCAUGUCUUUUACUAGGUGCUCAAUUCAAAUGCUUUUCUUCCUAAUAGCAGGGUGUACAGAGAGUUCACUUCUAGCAGUGAUGUCCUAUGACCGCUAUGUGGCUGUCUGCAAGCCACUGCACUAUUCCACUCUCAUGACCCAGAGAAUUUGUGUUCGGCUGGUCAUGGGGUGCUGGGCCAGUGGAGCAUUUGUGUCUUUAGUAGAUACCACAUUCACUUUAUGUCUCCCAUAUCAGGGACAGAAUAUAAUUAAUCAUUAUUUUUGUGAGCCUCCUGCCCUCUUAAAGCUGGCUUCAGCAGAUACCUACAGCACAGAAAUGACCAUAUUUGCAAUGGGUGUUGUAAUUCUCCUAGGUCCUGUCUCCCUCAUCCUUUUCUCCUACUGGAAUAUUAUCUCCACUGUGAUUCAAAUACAAUCAGAAGAGGGAAGGCUAAAGGUUUUCUUUACCUGUGGAUCUCACUUCAUUGUUGUUUUCUUCUUCUAUGGGUCAACAAUAUUUACCUACAUGCAAUCUAAUUUGAAGCAAAUGAAUAAAGGGGAUAAGGUGGUCUCAGUGUUCUACUCAGUCAUAACAUCAAUGAUGAAUCCUUUCAUUUAUAGCCUAAGGAACAAGGAUGUGAAGGAAGCACUUAGGAAAGUAUUAGGAAAAUAGUGUCUCUGAGGCAGUAGUCUAUACUGGUAUGUAAUCAGAGGGCAGAGACAUUCUAAAGUGGUUUAACAUCUUUAACAGCUUUUUUCCCUGAGCUAUCUCCAGUCUGAGACAUCAGCAAAAGUCAUACAGGUGCCCUUGCAUCCCUAGAAAUGUUUUCAGAUUUGUCUAAUGCAGUCUUGCUCAAGCUUAUUUACUGUGGCUACAACUCACUUACCUCAUAACAGCUUUUUUGGCUCGUAUAUGAAAGAAUAUUUUUAACAGUGAAUACAAUCUUUAACGUGGUGCCUUACAGUGCACCAAUCCAUGUUCACCUGGGGAUGUCCCCUUCUGUCUCUAAACUCCACAGCUGCUUGCUAGACUCAUAGGAUGCCAACAUCAUCUAUAGCUGUCCAUUGCUUUUUGUGAAGUGGGAAAAGUAUAGAGGUACUUUAUUGUUUUCCCGGAAGUAGUUUAAAGGUGGAGUUCACCUCUCGCUUCAAGAUCUCCUCGUAAUGUAUCUACAAUAAAACAAUUAUGGGUGAAGGAUAACAUGAGCCAUAGAAAAUGGGUUGGCCUUGA